UGUUUCUAACUUAUGUGUUGCCGUCUUCUCUAACGUAUGAGAUUUAUACAACGACGAUGAAUCUCUCCACGAGGCUCGUUGAGAAACUUCCCGGAAUCUUACCGGCGCCGUAUUCUCCUCUUCUCCGUAAAGGAGUCUCCGAGUUAAGAUUCUUUUCGAUAGCUAAUCACAGUAGAAGAUUGAGAUGGGGAUUACAAAAGAAGAUGGUUUGGAGUUUGGAGAGAGCUGAAACAUGUGUAGUGAGCAAUUCAUGUUUAGUUCAUCCUGCAACUGAAGCCUAUGCACAAGAAGCUAUUGAAGCAAUCAAAUCUGAGAAAGUUAUAGCUGUACCCACUGAUACGCUUUAUGGCUUCGCUUGUGAUGCUUGUUCGUUAGAAGCGGUGAACCGGAUUUAUGAGAUCAAAGGGCGUAAGCUAACAAGCCCUUUAGCCAUAUGUGUUGGCGAUGUAUUAGAUAUCAAGAGAGUUGCUACAACGAAUCACUUACCUCAUGGUUUACUCGAUUCGCUCUUGCCCGGUCCAGUCACUCUCGUACUUCAACGAGGUGAAUCAAGCAUUCUUGAAAAGUCUUUGAAUCCCGCGAUUGAUACUAUUGGAGUAAGGGUACCAGAUUGUGAGUUCAUUAGGGAAGUAUCGAGAGGUUCGGGGAGUGUGUUGGCUCUUACAAGUGCUAACCUAAGCGGUGACAGAAGCAGCGUUUGUGUUAGAGAUUUUGAGAAUCUCUGGCAGCAUUGUGCUUAUGUCUAUGAUGGUGGUUUGCUUCCAUCAGGUCGAGCAGGAUCUACAAUAGUCGAUCUGACUAAUGUGGGAAAGUAUAAGAUCAUUAGACCCGGAAGCGCGAAGCAUGCAACAGUGGCGAUUCUUGAAAGGUAUUUGCUAGAGGAAGAACAAGAAGAAGAAGACCUUUAAGAGAAGAAAGCUAAACUUGCAAAAGAAUCUGAGAGUAUGCUUUACUUCUUACUAGAUUUUUUGGUAUGUAUGUUUUUUGUUGUAAUACGAGAAGAUUGUUGUUGGUUUAGAUGACCGUGUGCUAUACCUACCUACCUCCGGUUCUCGUGGUACACGCAUGUGUGGACCGGUUUCAUAAUUUUUAGUCAAGUUUGUUAUUGGGAAAAAUGCAAAAAAAAAACCUAAAGUUAUUUUUAUUUGGA